AUGUCGGGCCUCCCGGAAUCAUCCUCGAGAAGUUCUUUACCUUCCGAUCUCAACUUCGAGUUGAUGAACUUCGAUCGAAGAAAAAGGGAUGCUCGGGAUAUCGUUUCGUCCUUUGAUCUGCAUACCCUGCCCUCGGAGUUUGAUCCGGAUUCGUAUCAACGCAUCACGGUGGAACAAAGCACAAGACCGAGUUUCGAAUGGACUGUCGCCGGAGAUCUAUGGGCAACAUUCAUGCGGUGGAUCGUGCACGACCCCAUAUGCUGGGACUUCGCUAAUAGGUGUCAACCUACCGAGACGCGAGCUCAGUUAUUUGCUGAAAAGCUACGGAGGCGAUUCCAACAAGAAUUCGACCGGUAUGAUGAGCUACCCCAUCAUACGGCACCUGGACUAGAAGUACAGCCCUCGUCUCCAGCACACGCUUCGUUUAUCGUCGCCCAGGUUGCCGAGAUUGCCAACAAAAUUCACUCGCUCGUGGCCGCAGCUCUGACCGAUCUCCAAGAUCGCGCCGUCGGCCGGGGGGGCACCGUAAAAGUCUUACUGGGAGCGCUAGAGGCGAUUUGCAGAAGAUGCGAGAACAUCUCCCCAGUUUCCCCGGAACGGGACCAAUCACCCUCUGGAACAGAAGUCAGAAUUAGCCUCUACGAUGUGUUAGUGGGCCAACCGCCUCCAGCAACGCCAAAUAUGAUAUUGCAAGCACUAGAAAGAGCAUCCGAGAUGUCACCAGGAAUCCUCAGUAAAAUGAAGACCGAAUUCGAAACGAUAGGCCGUGUUCUGCCCGCCAAUACUCCUUUGACAUAUUUGCAACAAUUUCAGAACUUAUCCGCUCAAGCAGGAGCAACGAUGUGA